AUGGGUAAAGGACUUGCCUAUUCAGCAUCCGAAAAAUCUUUAAUUAUUGAAUUGAUACAAUUAAAUAAAGUGGUGGAAAAUAAGAAAACCGAUGCAUUUAGCAUUCACGAUAAAAACAAAGCAUGGGAAAGUAUUACCAAAACUUUCAAUGCGAGUGGUGAUCAUCCAAAAAGAACUGUAAGUCAAGUUAAAAAAUGCUGGCACAACAUCAAAACAAAAAGAAAAUCUGAAAUAACUUCUCAUAAACAAGCGGUUUUGAGAACUGGAGGUGGACCAGCAGUUGAAAAAUUAGUAGAGAAUCCAUUGAUCGAUGAAUUUGCUAACAUAGCAUGUGAAAUUCCUGGGGCCAUUGACAGUGAUACAAUCGCUAGUCACAAUAUUACAUGUGUAACUACAUCUGAUGGAUAUUUGGAGUUUAAUAUCCAACCUAGUGAUGAUAAUUUAUCUGAUUCAAAUAUUAAUGAUACUGAUGCAAAUUUUACAAAUGCUGUCCCAACUGAAGCGACAAGCCGUAUUGAACGAGUUGAGAUUCAAAAAAUUAAUGAUGAAGAGAUACAUAACUUGUUAAAGGAAGAAUUACUUUUAAAAAUAGAAAAUGAGAGAGAACUUCUGAAACGAAGAAAAAUUGAAACUGAAGUCGCUUCUAAUGAUUUAAUUUUUCGUAAAGAGAAACAUUUAACAGAAAUGGAAUUAUUAAAAAGAACUAUUAAUGAAUAA